AUGACACCUGUGCCAGCAAAGCCUGAACGACCCUCGCCCGCUCCAAGCCCCAGUGUGAACAAGAAAGCCAAAUGCUCAGCGCCCCGGGUGCCUGAUAGCAUGGUGCCGCCACCUGAGGCUCCCUUAAAGAAAACAAAAACUGAAAAGGCAUGUGCAGUGAAGGGAACAGGCAGACCUCCUGCCACCCCAUUGGCCAAUCCAUUGGCAGCCCCGCCGCCUGUGGCAGCCCAUGCCGCCAUGGUCUUGCGACCCCCACCGCCCAAAGCAUCACCACCAGCUUGUCCCGAGACCGAACCAUCGCCAGGAACACCAGCUUACGUGAAUGUCCAUGGAGUCCCAGUGCCCAUGUCCAAAGCAGGGGUGAAAAUGGAGGUCAGACCAACACAAAACACAGCAGCAGCAGCUCUGAGAAAGCAGAAAGCACGGCCAAGCAUGAAGGUAGAGCAACGUGAAGAUACUCUGCCACCCAGUGCCAGCCUGGCCCUUGACACUUCAGCCAAAGCCUCACGUCCCACAUCACCCAUAUCACCCACAAGCACAGAGUCAACCGCUCCAUCCCCAUCCUCAGCCAAAGCCUCACCCACCUCAGCCAAAGCCAUUUCACCUUCCAGCACCACGGCAGCAUUGGCAAAGGCCAACACCCCAAGCCCUGAUGAUCACAGCACUGCCCCUACGCCAGCAACGUGCCCGGCUCCAACCCCAACACCUGAUGAUGGGAAGACAACCGAAACCGAUAUUCAGCGAGAAGAGAGGGUUCGAGCAUGGGUCUGUAAAAUGGAUGAUGUGGAGAUCACUCGUUCCAUUCAAAAAGCAGAAAGACAUAGCCUGUUUCCACAGUUCGAGCUUUGGAGACGGGAUGAGAUCUUUGGUGUCGGUGGUGAUGAGGAUAUCCCCAGAUUUGGGGCUGAUGAUGAAGAGGAAGAGCUUGUGUCUUGGCUCAUGUGGCUAGAAGACCCUUCGAGGCCGUGUGUUGAGAACGCACUCCCAGACCCCAAUCCUGAGGAGACAGCAUUAGUUGCAGUUGCAAAGAAGCCCAAACAAGUGACAUUUACACAGAAUGUCACUGUACACAGCCUGCCUGACACCGCAGCACCUGCCAAAGCAACCACUUCGAUACUCAAGCCUGCAGCAAAAAUGCCAGUGCUGAAGCCUUUGACUUUGGCCCCUGCACCGCCUAUGAAAGCAUCAGCAGCAGCACCACCACAAGCAGCACCAGCAGCCAUGCCCUUGCCUCCAGCCCCUGCCAGAGCAACACCAGCAACGGCAACCACAUUGCCUGUGCCUCCGCCUGCCAAACAUGCAGCAGCCCCACAUGUGCCAGCAGCUGUGCCGCCUCGGUCAUUGGCCUUACCGCCACCAGCAAGUGCAAGCCCAAAGCCAGCAGCUAGCCCCCUUCCAGCAGCACCAGCCAGCAAUGGCAUGAUCCCAGCUUCGCAGCUAGCCAGCCAGAUCCACAUUUCAGCCCCCGUUGGUGCAGAAGUCACAUUUGAAGGCUACAAAGAGCGACAGGCUCACUAUGCUCAAAUGAAGAGGCCUGUAACGGGUGGACCUCAUGCAUUUAAUAUUAAUAUACCUAGGACCGAAUCAUUUCACAGGUGUAGGGGGGUAUUACAAUCAUACUGUCUGUGA